UUCUGGGGAAAAGUAAGAGCUCUUGGCUUGAGUUGAGACCGACCGGUGGCGAAAGCUUGAAGCUAAGAACCACCUCCUGAUUGUUGUUCUGUGUUAAAACGACGACGGUUUUGAGUUAUGGCUGAAUCGUCAUCACCUACAGAAGAGAUCGGUCGACUAAUCAAACGAUUAAGCGGUUACGUGGCUUUCAAGAUGUCUGGUCUCUUCUCUACACCUAUUCGCAAUCUGGAUUCAAGAUCGAUUGGUGCCAUAGCGGGGCUUGCAAUCGCUGUGAUAUUCACAUGGAGGGCAAUAAGAAGACAACCUGAAAGAAGGAGACCAAAACGCAGGUUGCAAUCAGAUCAUGAAACCUCUACUGCUCCUUCUCCUGAUGUUUCUUCUUCGCCUCAUGAGGAUGUUGUUGAUCAGUUUUUUCAGCCUGGAAAACCUACAUUGGGGCAGAUAGUUAGGCAGAGACUUAGUGAAGGAAGGAAGGUAACAUGCCGUCUUCUUGGUGUCAUUCUUGAGGAAUCAAGUCCUGAAGAACUUCAAAAACAAGCAACAGUGAGGUCAUCCGUUGUGGAAGUUCUCCUAGAGAUUACAAAGUGUUGUGAUUUGUAUCUCAUGGAAAGAGUUCUUGACGAUGAGAGCGAAGCCAAAGUUCUACAGGCACUAGAGACUGCAGGCAUUUUCACAUCUGGUGGUUUGGUCAAAGACAAGGUGCUGUUUUGUAGUACAGAGAUCGGAAGAACUUCAUUUGUAAGGCAACUAGAACCUGACUGGCAUAUUGAUACAAAUCCAGAAAUCAGCACACAACUAGCUAGGUUCAUAAAGUUUCAGCUGCACGUUUCUGCAGCGAAACCAGAGCGAACGGCUCCGAACGUGUUCACCUCACAAUCAAUAGAAGAGUUCUUUGGAUGUGCUUGAUACCAUCACAAUCUCAAUAAUAUUCAGCAAAGCAGCGCAGAUGCGUAAAUGGUCAUGUCUGACUGAACUUGCAACUUUUAGCAUUGUCUCAGAAUUUAGAAGUUUGAUGUUUAUGGAGUAAGAGAGUAGUGCGUGAGUUCCUAUAUGGGGAGUAUCCAAGUGGGUACUGUAAUAUAUGUAUCAGCAACUUAGCAGAGUAUUCAGGGAAGAAACGAAGGACCUUUGUCUUGUCUAAAUUGAUGUCUUGACUUCGUCGCAUCAGACCGAUCUUGUAAUGUGAAGUUGUAAACCUUUUUAUCACUGAAUUUCAUUCAUAAGA